AUGGGAGUGAGUCACCACAAGUUGAGGGAAAUGGCACCAUUUACAGUGAUGGUGAUAAUGGAAGGUUGCACUAUAGCACUUACUAUUAUGGCCAAAACAGUGAUGUCUGGAGGGAUGAGCCCUUUUGUAUUUGUUGUCUAUACCAACGCACUUGGCACUCUCAUUCUCUUCCCUUAUUCCUUCUUAUUUCACAGGGAAAGAACCGAACAGCCAAUCUUCACGUUCCCACUUUUCUUGAGAUUCUUCUUCCUGGGUUUGACAGGGAUAUCUUUAUCCCAGAAUCUUGGGUUUGUGGGGCUAAGCUACAGUUCGCCAAUAGUCGUUUGUGCAAUGGGCCUCUUGAUCCCUUCUUUUUCCUUCAUUCUGUCCGUUAUACUCAGGAGGACAAAGCUAAAAUGGAGAUGCUCAAGUUUCCAAUUCAAAGUGAUUGGCACCUUGGCAUCAAUCAUGGGCGCAAUCUUGGUGGUCAUUUACAAGGGCCCAUAUAUACGACCUUCAUCUUCUUCCCAUAAACUGCAACAUUCCAAGAAGGAACUUUUCGUUUUCUACUCAACACCGGACAACUGGGUUCUUGGCUGCAUCUUGCUUGCUGCGUCUUUUUUCUGUUUUUCGCUAUGGAACAUUAUCCAGUUGGGUACUAUAAGACACUAUCCCCAAGUAAUGAAAAUAGCGCCUUUUUAUAGCUUAGCUGGGACUAUUCAAUGUACAAUAUUCUCUUUGAUCGUAGAGAGAGACUUGAAUGCUUGGAAAUUAAAGCUUAAUAUGGAAUUGCUUCUGAUUGUUAUCACGGGAAUCUAUGGGAGUGUUGUACGUAGCAGUGUUCAAAUUACGUGCACAAGCUUGAAGGGCCAUUUUUAUGUGCCCUUGUUUCAACCAUUUAGGAUUUUUUGGGCUACCUUUUUGGGUGUCGGCUUCUUCGUAAAUGGUCUCCAUUAUGGAAGUGUCAUAGGAGCAGUAAUCUCUGGAGUGGGUUAUUAUACAGUAUCGUGGGGUCAAAUGAGAGAAGAUGAAAAACAGAAGGAGAGUGUCAAGUCCUCUGAUGAAAAGGUCCCUCUCCUACAAGAAGAAUCAGAAGUGUAG